AUGUCUAUAAAAAACCCAACAGAGGAUAAUCCAUAUAUGAAAAAAAUAGAAACCCUCUUAACACAAGAAGAAACCCAAGACAUGAACAUGAAUGAAACUUGUUUACAAAAACAAGAAACAGAAGAAAUCAUAUCAGAGUAUGAUAUAGAUGGCAAAACAAAUAUUAACUAG